AUGCCUGGACUCAAAGAAAUAUUAUGCAAAUGCAUAAUUAUAGGCUCAAAUUUGUCGCCUACAUUAAACAGGGAGCGAUAUUUAUCAGCGUUAUGGGAUGAGUCGUCGGAAAUCAAUUACGCUGUUUUUCGGUCUUUUGCGUGGGCCUGCUCGAACACUGUACUAGCAGUGCUAUACAGGCUAGGCUAUUUCGCCGAUUAUGAUGAAUUGCUGCAUAUUGCGGGUGAAAUAAUAGAAAUGCGGGAGGCAUUCGAACAUGAGGAGGUGGAUGCAGGAGAUCUUAUAAAGUUCCUGUUAUCUAAACAUCGAGAAAACCUCUUAAACGGAAGAGCACGUUCCGAUGAAAACGGCCGCGAAGCUGAUAUCAUGACAUCACUAGUGCAGAGAGGCGGUGGUGGACAAAAUGAAGAAGUGUCUCCUGAGGAACGCUGUAAUCUCUCGUCGGAGACAGAAGAUGGUGAAGAGGAGCCGAUGGAAGAGGAGCAACAACGACAACAACAGCGUCAUGAGAAGUGCUUUGAGCAUCAUCGUAAUAUAAAAUCGUACGAUGGCAAAUCGACCGAAAGUAUUUGCAAUAUUGUGCGAUUUUGUGACGGAUGCGGUCGCAUCGCUAAAUCAGAUGCGAGACACGAAUGCGGCGUUUCUUACUGUAAACUAUGCCAUUCGCCGAAGCCUGAAAACCAUUUACGCUUCAUGCAGCCUCUUCGUCGUAAUAAUAAUUCUUCCGUUGAAGCGUCGUCUUCGUCAUCUAAGCUGACCAUGCCGACAACGGUUACACAUGAGGAGGAGGAGGAGAGUACUUUUAACGUCGAAGAGGCAAACGAACGUGCAUACGGGCGCAAAAAGGAACGCGUAGCAUUCGUAUUUUACGAUUUCGAAAUACGUCAAGACGAGACGCUCGAAGAUACGAUGAAUGUAAAAAAACACGUUCCAACCCUUUGCGUUGCGCAACAGAUUUGCGAAGUGUGCGCGAAAAAAAAUGACAUGAUCGUGCGUUGUCGUUGGUGCGGCGUGCGAGAGUUCGUAUUUCAUCACGAUCCGGUAAAACAAUUUUUCGAUUUUACAACGAUAAAAUGUUUCAAGCAAAUUAUAUGCAUAGCGCAUAAUGCGAAAGCGUUCGACGCACAAUUUAUUUUACAAUAUAUUGUUGAAAAUCGCAACAAUUUAGAGCCUGAAGUAAUUUUAAAUGGUACGAAUAUCAUGGUGCUAACGGUGGGACAUACGAAAUUCAUCGAUAGUGUUAAUUAUAUGCCAAUGCGUUUAUCGCAAUUACCGAAAGCUUUCGGAUUAUAGGAUACGUUGGAUAAAGGUAUUUUUCCGCAUUUUUUUAACACCGUCGAAAAUCAAUCGUAUAACGAUCCCUUACCUGAUACUCAUUAUUAUUCACCAGAGACUAUGAAACCGGAAAAGCGCGAACGCUUUCUCACAUGGCAUGCAGACAUGAGACAAAAAAAUAUCUUGUUCGAUUUCCAACGCGAGAUUGUACGUUAUUGUCGUACCGACGUUGAUAUUCUUCGACGAGCAUGUAUGGCAUGUAUGUUUAGAAAAAUUGUCAUAGAUCGCGGAAAUGUAUGUCCAUUCCAAUGCACAACUAUUGCUUCGACAUGCAUGACAGUUUUUCGGAAAAACUUUUUGCAGCCGAAUAAUGGAGUCAUUCCAGUUGGUGGAUAUAGAAAAGCGAGUAAUCAUUCGCGUAAAGCUCUACAGUGGCUAGUAUGGAUGGAGCGCAAGCUCGGUCUUCCUAUAAACCACGCAGGACGUGCGCGCGAAUAUCGUACAAUCGAUGGCACGAUCGUCGACGGAUAUUACGAAACAUCUGAUACUAGGACAACGCAACGCCACGUACUUCAAUUUCACGGGUGUUUUUGGCACGGAUGUCCGAUUUGCUUUCCCAUGAACCGCGAUAGAACACUUUCGUCAGCGGAUUGCAAGGAUACAAUCGACUCGCGUUACGAACGAACUCUCGUGAUCUCGUGGCGGCUUCGACAACGGGGAUACCUCGUGACGGAAAAGUGGGAGUGCUCUUUCGCCCGGGAUAUACGCGAUAAUCACGAAAUGCGCGAAUAUCUCGAAAAUCAUCCGAUGGUGGAAACACCUCCGCUCGAUCCUCGCGAUGCAUUUUUCGGCGGACGCACGGGAAAUAUCAUGACUCGUUAUGAGGUUACGGGUACGGAGAAAAUACGAUACGUGGACGUGUGCUCUUUGUACUCUUAUGUAUUGAAGACGGGCGCUUUCCCAAUCGGUCAUCCGGAUAUUUACGUCGGCGAGGAAUGUUCCGCAAUAAUCGGGAGGGCACCGAAUUAUAAUUUCGAUAUGCUCGAAGGUCUCAUACGGUGCAGAGUACUCCCACCACGCAAUUUAUUUCAUCUGGUACUCCCAUAUCGUGUGCAGGGAAAAUUGCUUUUUGCUUUAUGCCGCAGUUACUGCGAAACAUUUUCGCAGGUGCCCUGUACACAUGACGAUGCUCGUGAACGCGAAUUCGAGGGUACGUGGGUGUCCUGCAAAUUACGCAAGGCCGUCGAAAAGGGUUAUCUCGUGACGGCUGUAAGCGAGAUUUGGCAAUAUAAAGUUAGCCAAUUCGAUACGACACGUCAAGGCGGAUUGUUCGCCGAAUAUAUAAAUACAUUCUUGCAGCUUAAACAAGAAGCCAGUGGAUGGCCGAGCGAAUGCGGGGAAAACGACGACGAUGCUAAAGAACGAUAUCUGAGGGAGUACGAGAAAACCGAAGGUAUCGUUCUUGAUAAUCGUAACGUCACUCGAAAUCCCAGUUUACGUUCUGUCGCGAAGCUGUGCUUAAAUUCUUUUUGGGGAAAAUUCGGCCAGCGAUCCAAUUUACCAAAUACCGAAAUCGUGAGAACGCCUCAGCGUUUUGCGACAUUUAUGACGAGUGCCGAACACGAGAUAACCGGCAUAUUACCCGUAAACGACGAGGUAAUAUAUGUUUUGUGGCGAAUGCGACAAGAGGCUGUCAUUCCUUCACAGAUAACGAAUGUUGCAAUAGUAGCGUAUACGACGGCACAGGCACGUUUAAAAUUAUAUUCUUAUUUAGAGCGAUUAGAUCGCGUGUUCGAUUUCCAACGUGAGAUCAUUCGCUAUUGUCGUACCGACGUUGAUAUUCUUCGACAAGCAUGUAUGGCGUUCAGAAAAAUUUUUAUUGAUCGUGGAAAUGUAUGUCCGUUCGAGGAAUGCACGACAAUUGCUUCGACGUGCAUGACUGUUUUUCGGAAAAACUUUUUGCAACAAAAUACGAUAGGCGUCAUUCCAACUGGCGGAUACAGAAAAGCAACCAAUCAUUCCCGUAAAGCUCUGCAGUGGUUGAUAUGGAAGGAACGCGAGCUCGGACAUUCUAUAAACCACGCAGGGCGCGCGCGCGAAUAUCGUACAAUCGACGGCACGCUCGUCGAUGGAUAUUACGAAACGCCUGAUACAGAGACGCCUCAACGUCAUGUGCUACAAUUUCACGGAUGUUUUUGGCACGGAUGCCCGUCUUGCUUUCCUAUGAAUCGCGAUAGACCACUUUCUACAUCGGAUUGCAAGGAUACGAUUGACUCACGUUACGAGCGAACUCUCGCAAUCUCGUGGAGACUUCGGCAACGGAAAUACUUUGUGAUAGAAAAGUGGGAGUGCUCUUUCGAUCGCGAUAUGCGAGAUAAUCGCGAAAUGCGUGAAUUUCUCGAGAACCAUCCGAUGGUGGAAACGCCUCCGCUCGAUCCGCGCGAUGCAUUUUUCGGUGGCCGCACGGGGAAUAUUGUGACGCGCUAUGAGGUUACAGGUAUGGAAAAAAUACGAUACGUGGACGUAUGCUCCUUGUAUCCAUAUGUUUUGAAAACAGGUGCUUUCCCGAUCGGUCAUCCUGAUAUUUAUGUCGGCGAGGAAUGUUCCGCAUUAAUCGGGAGGGCACCGAAUUAUAAUUUCGAUACGCUCGAAGGUCUCAUACGGUGCAGAGUACUCCCACCACGCGAUUUAUUUCAUCCGGUACUCCCAUAUCGUGUGCAGGGAAAAUUGCUUUUUGCUUUAUGCCGCAGUUGCUGCGAAACAUUUUCGCAGGUGCCCUGUACACAUGACGAUGCUCGUGAACGCAAAUUCGAGGAUACGUGGGUGUCCUGCGAAUUACGCAAGGCCGUCGAAAAGGGUUAUCUCGUGACGGCUGUAAGCGAGAUUUGGCAAUAUAAAGUUAGCCAAUUCGAUCAUACGACACGUCAAGGCGGAUUGUUCGCCGAAUAUGUAAAUACAUUCUUGCAGCUUAAACAAGAAGCCAGUGGAUGGCCGAGCGAAUGCUGGGAAAACGACGACGAUGCUAAAGAACGAUAUCUGAGGGAGUAUGAGAAAACCGAAGGUAUCGUUCUUGAUAAACGUAACGUCACUCGGAAUCCCGGUUUACGUUCUGUCGCGAAGCUGUAUUUAAAUUCUUUUUGGGGAAAAUUCGGCCAGCGAUCCAAUUUACCAAAUACCGAAGUCGUGAGAACGCCUCAGUGUUUUGCGACAUUGAUGACGAGUGCUAAGCACGAGAUAACCAACAUAUUACCCGUAAACGACGACGUAAUAUAUGUUUCGUGGCGAAUGCGACAAGAGGCUGUCGUUCCCUCACCGAUAACGAAUGUUGCAAUAGCAGCGUAUACGACGGCACAUGCACGUUUAAAAUUAUAUUCUUAUUUAGAGCGAUUAGAUCGUCGCGUUCCAUAUUACGAUACGGAUUCGUGCAUUUAUGUAAGCACAGCUAAUCCGAAUGAGUACGAACCGCGUACGGGAAAUUUUUUGGGCGACAUGACGGACGAACUUGAAAGCUACGGCCGCGGUAUCUAUAUCGAGGCGUUCGUAUCCGGUGGCCCUAAAUUUGAUGCGUACGUUGUUCGUGCACCGGACGGACGAACAUACGAAUGCUGCAAAGUGAAGGGCAUAACCUUAAAUUUUGAAAACUCUCAGCUAAUCAAUUUUAUUAGUAUUAGAAAUUUGAUGUUAGCUAAUGAGAGGGUACAGGAAAAUGAAGAAAAUGAAGAAGAAUCGGCUGGAACUUCGAUAAACUUACGUUUUAGAGCAAUUCGACGUACUGUGUUUCAUGAGCUUGUAACACGCGAUAAAACUAAAGUAUGCGCUCCUGUAUUGCUAAAACGUAGAUUUAUCAAUAGUCAUUGUUCGUUACCAUACGGCUAUGUAGCGGAACGAUAA